AUGAGUUGCUUGAUGCCCUCUUCCACAUCCAUUCGGGUGUCGGCCUCCGCGGCCCGUCGGUUCGUCCAAACUCUCCUGGAAAAACAUCAAACCCCUACCCAAUAUGCCGCCCUAGUAGCGAAAUGUCUCGUGGAUGCGGAUCUCCGUGGCGUGGACUCUCACGGCAUCAACCGAAUACCAUCGUACAUUGCUCGUAUUCGCCAUGAUGUGCUUGACCCCGCUGCCUCACCCUUAACCAGAAACAUAACGCCAGUAGUAGCGCAGGUCGAUGGGCAAAACGGUUUCGGCUUUGUCGCCGCCCAGGCAGCUAUGGAAAUAGCCAUACGAAUUGGCAAGGAAUUCGGCAUUGGGAUGGUUUCUGUGAAACACUCUAAUCAUUUCGGCAUGUCGGCGUCUUUCGUCCAGCAAGCCAUUGACGCAGACAUGCUGAGCUUGGUCUUCACCAACUCCUCCGCCGCAUUACCCGUCUGGGGUGGAAAGGAAAAACUGAUGGGUGUGUCACCAAUUGCGUGUGGUGCGCCAGCAGGUGACGAUACCAUUCCUUUCAUUCUUGACAUGACUCCUUCGGUAGCUGCACGAGGCAAGGUAUAUAAGGCACUUCGUCGCGGCGAACAGAUACCCCCCAAUUGGGCGCUUGACCAGGAUGGCUCGCAAACCACGGACCCAUCGUCAGCCUUGAAGGGUGUGAUGCUUCCUGUUGGUGGACCUAAAGGCUCAGCAUUGUCAAUAAUGAUGGAUGUGCUUUCUGGCGUACUAUCCGGCUCUGCAUUUGCGGGGCAUGUCACUAACCCAUAUGACCCGUCUAGCCCUGCGGAUGUAGGUCAUAUGAUGGUAGCCAUUUCGCCAAAUCUGUUCAUGUCCCUGGACGACUUUAAGGCACGCAUGGAUUAUCUGUAUCGUAGAGUUGUGGGAUGUGAGAAGAUGGCUGGAGUGGAUCGGAUCUAUUACCCUGGAGAAAUUGAACAACUGACAGCAAGACGAAGAAUGAUAGAAGGUAUUCCAUAUGUAAGGGCAGAAAUUGAAGCCCUGAACCGAGAAGCAGAGCUUGCUAAAGUGGCGCGCUUGGAAACGCUUCAUUAA